AUGAAGGCGCUGCUCCUGUCAUGUGCCGCUGCUGCUCCAGUGAAGAAGUGGCAGAUCCUGGGGCCCUUCGUGGUGGGCAAGAACGAGCUGGACGGCGAGCUCCCGAGCUCCAACGCCACGGAGCUGCUGCCGGGCGGGGGCCCAGCGAAGGCGCGGCGCUUCGCCGCGGAUGCGUCGAGCGCCGUGACGGUGAGCUGGCCGGAGGUGGACUGGCAGUCCCUGGUGGGCACCUUGGGCGGCCACGAGGUCCUGGAGUGGCAGGCGCGGGCGCUGGGCGCCUUCAAGGCGUCCGGGGAGCUGACGGUGGGCUGCUGGGGUGUGACGUCCUUCAGCAUUGGCAACCGCAGCUUUGUCGGCGACUUGUACCGCGCCGGGCUGCCCCCACACCCGGUGGAGCUGCCGGAAGGCGGCCAUCGGAUCUCGCUGCGGCUGCGUGGCAAGCUGCAGGCCCAGUUUGCUUGUGAGGUGGAGCGCGGGACGGAGCCGCUGAGACUCUUCGGGGACUCCUUCCUGGCGGUGCCCGACUUUGUUGAGGGCUUCGGCCUGGCGGGGGAGCUGCUGGCGGUGGGCCUGGCCAACCAGGAUGCCGAGCGCUGGCUGACCGGGCUCCGGCCGCUGCUGACUGGUGGGUCUCUGCACCCGGCCCAGCCGCCUCUGCCCUCCUUGGGCCCCGGCCAGCGGCUGCGGCUGCCGCUGCGCCUGGAGCACGCGGAGUGCGGCAAGCCGCUGAAGGUGGCCUUUGAGGGGCGUCUAGGCGGCGAGGUGGUGACCAGUUCUCCGCUGACGCUGCGGGUGAAGUGCCGCACGGCGCGGCAGAGCUUCGUCUUCACCUUUGAGGAUCCGGAUGGCUCUGUGCAGCACGCAGCGGCGGUGAUGCCGGAAGUUGGCACCUGUGAAGGCGGCUGUCCUGUGGUCAUCUCGCUCUCUGGCACCAGCAUCUCUGCCAGAGACAGCGCGGACGCCUACAAGGUGGGGGAGAAGGAGGGCUACCGCUUCGGCGUGCGCGGGGCCUGGCUGCUGGCGCCCACGCGCCACGGCGCCCAUAACUGGGAAGGCCCGGGGCUGGCCACGGCCGUGGCGGCGCGCCGCGCGCUGCCGCGGCUGCAGCUCGCAAGCCGAGUUCCGGUGGGCGCGGGGAGUCUGGUGGCCGGGCACUCCAUGGGGGGCCACGGCGCCUGGCUGCUGGCCUGCGCCCUGGACGACGUCCUGGGGGUGGUGAGUUCCGCCUCCUGGCUGCGGAAGGAUCAGUACGCGGACUCCAACAAGGUCCUCCUACACGACGUUGCGUCGCCCCACGUGGAGCCCGCGCUCGCUGCGCUGCUGAAGCAGGCUGAGGCGCCCUUUGACGCAGAGGCCCUGGCGCCCAGCCUGGCGGACUUGCCGGUGCUGAUCCGCGUGGGCAGCCGCGACAGGACGGUACAUCCCUGGUUCUCAAGGAGAAUGUACCGCACCUUACUCGCAGCUGGGGCGAGCCCGUCCAAUGUUACUCUCACUGAGAUCGAGGGCAAGGAGCACUGGUGGUGGGACUCCGAAGUUUCCAACGACGGCGGGGCGGUGAACGACGUGCAGAUCCGGCGCUUCUUUGAGGAGCGCCUCAGCUCCUCACCCCCGCCGCCCACAAGGUGGCGUCUUCGGACCUUCAACAUAGCCUACUCGGGCGCCAAGCACGGCCUGAGGAUCCUGCAGAUGGGACGGGUGGACCGCCUCAGCGAGGUGUCUGUGGAAAUGCUUCCAGGAGGCGCGGUGUCUCUGCGCACCACCAACGUCCGCAGCCUGCGCUGGGGCCGGGCCGAGGCUGUGGAGUUGGAUGGCCAGCAAAUGGUGCACGGGGAGGCGACGUGGUGCCUCUCGGAGGGCACGUGGCACAGCUGCGCCGCGCCGAAGCCGGCCGGGCCCAUGGGCCGGGUCUUCUCGCGGAAGCUCUGCGGCCUCGCGGAUGAGGAGGGCGAGGCCGCGCUGCAGUACGUGGCCAACCUGCUGCUGAUGACGGGCCACGGGUCUCUGGUUCUGCUGCGCCUCGAGGACGUGGGCGUCGAGGGCCACCUGCGGGCGCCGGAAGCGUGCGAAAACCUGUUGCUGGUGGGCACGCCGCAAUCCAACCCGGCCAUCGCCGCGGUGCUGAAAGGCCCUCUGCGUGUGGAGCCCGGCAGCCUCUCGCUGGGCAGCUGCUCCUGGGACGGGCACCUAGGAGCCUUGGCCUUGCAGCCCUACGAGUCGAGCGCGGGAGGCCUGGCGCUGGUGGCCACCGGAACGUCCCCCUGGGCGGCCGCGGAGGCGCUGACCUUGCUGGCAACGCCGACGAUUCCGCCGAUGGCCAGGCAACCUUUGACACACCUACUGCCGGACUAUGUGGUUUUAGACGUGGAGGAGACCCGGCGCCUCGGGGCCGGAGGGUUCCGGGCAGCAGGCUUCUGGAGCCACGACUGGCAGCAGCUGCCCAGCGCUUGGCAGCGCUGCUGGGGGGCCCAGUGGCAGGAUGGAGAUGCCUUGCGCUCCUUGCGCGCGGCGCCCAUGGCGUGUGGGCAAAGACUCAGCGGGCGAAAUGGCCGAGUUGCGUCCGGGGAGUAUUCCUGGAGUGGAGAUGCAAUUUCGAAGAAGAUGUCAGGCACACAAGAGUUUUGGGAGAAGUUCUACUCUGAUGACUCUGACACCGCCGAAGAGUUCGACUGGUACUGCGGCUACGAGGACUUUCAGCCUUUCUUCCAAGAGUUUGCCCAGCCAGUGCUGGAGGCAUCACGGGGGAGAUCGGAGAGCGAUUCGAGGCCGCGGAUUCUGGUGGCAGGAUGCGGGAACUCGCGCUUGACGUGCGAUCUCUAUGAUGACCUACUGGGACAGAAGUCGCCUGCAGAGAUUUGGAACGUGGACUACGCCGAGGCCGCCAUCGCGCGGGCCCGCGAGGUGGCGGAGGGGCGCAAGGUGCGCCAGGAGGUGGCGGACCUGCGACACCUGCCGGAGGCCUUCCAUGAUAGCUUUGACGUGGUGAUCGACAAGGGCGCAGUGGACGCCCUCUUCUGCGCAGGCGUGGACUCGCUGGCUUUGGCGGCUGUGUCGCUGCGAGCCGCGCUCCGGCCCAGAGGCGUGCUGCUGCUGGUGUCUGGGGUGGCGCCCGCAGAGGAAGUUCUGAAGGCCUUCGCUGGCUGGGAGACGAUCUUGGAUGGGUCGCCAUACAUCACGGAGGAAGGUGAGGCGACCAUCAACCUCCGGGCUCACCUCUACGUCUUUCGCAAGCCAACCACUUGA